AUGCAUACGGACUGGGUGAAUGAUAUUGCCCUUUGCGACAGUGGGAGGCUCGUUGUCUCGGCAUCUUCCGAUCGUACCGUCAAACUCUGGAGCACUCGCGAAAACGGCACUUUCAACAAUGCGCGCACGAUUGGGUGGCACACAGACUAUGUCAAAUCCCUAGCAUCGGCACAGAAGGCUGGAUGGGUUGCCAGCGGUGGAUUGGAUAAAAAAAUCAACAUCUGGGAUAUUGAGCGUUGCCAGGCAACAUUGACUGCCCAUGCCCGUAACGACCCACUCGAUGAAGCAGCGACAAUUGGUCAUGCUGCUACCAAGGCCUCUAUUUAUGCAAUGGCUGUCAAUCCUUCGGGAACGAUGAUGGCAACGGGAUCACCAGAUAAGGUGGUGCGCUUAUGGGAUCCUCGAUCUGCUAAACAAAUCGGAAAACUGACGGGGCAUACGGAUAACAUUCGUGCUCUUUUGAUAAGCCAUGACGGUACCCAUAUUUUAUCUGGUUCAUCAGAUUCCACAAUUAAGCUUUGGUCUGCUCGAGCACAGCGAUGCUUGGCAACAUACGAAACUCACAACGACUCUGUCUGGUCAUUGUUUUCAGAUGAUCCAGAAUUGCGUACCUUUUAUGCCGGUUCGCGGGAUGGUUUGGUUACUAGAACCGAAGUAUCUGGUCAUGGUGAUAUGGAUACGCCUGAUGAAAGCGAGUGUAUUGGAUUGUUCAAGGAAAAAUCUGGCGUAGCAAAGAUUGCAGUGUUCAACGAUACCUAUGUAUGGACAGCGACAUCGAGCUCUGAUAUUAAUCGUUGGCUCUCAAUUCCGUCCCGAGGAUCAAGACAGCUGUUGACCCGUUCUGCAUACAAUGCAGAGAUCCCGCUGUCAGCCUCUGCGAAACUACCUCCUCCAAUGCCAGGCUUCCAUUCUCAAUAUGCAGAGCCUUUCUUAGGAAGCGACAACCUUACCUUAUAUGCGCGAUCCGUUAUGUCGAUCCCUAUCAGUUAUCACGAAGACGAUGAGGCAUCCGAUGAAUCGAUACAGCCAUUAAGAAGUGCGCCUGAUUGUGUAAUUGAAGGAAAACCUGGUAUCUCAACCCAUCUGGUACUACAGAACAGGCGGCAUAUCCUCACGAAAGACACGAAUGGCGAAGCGAUUACGGUGCAAUUGGAUGGAUAUACUUUUUUUGACUGUGAAAUGUACGCCGAUGAGAUAGAAUUGCCAGUGUUUUAUGAAGUUCGUGAGGAUCAAAGGAUUAAUCUUGGUAAAUGGGUGCUGGUUCAUCUAUUUGCCGAGUUUCUUGGAAGAGCAGCAGAGCUUCACGAAAAAGAAGAACAGAAAAUCCAGUAUGAAGCUCUGGACACACCUAUAUCACAAAGCAUUCGUCCUGUAGAAACUCCACAACAGCAACAGCAACAACAACAACCAGCAAAGGCUGCUGCUACUGCCAGGAGAUCUCCUCCUGAUCGUAAUAUUCCUAAACCACCACUGACCGCCAUCACUACCAACAUAGAUAGUUCGCCUUUCCAUCCAAAUUCUCCAGGCUCACCUAGUACCAAUUUAUAUAAAGGUCCAUUUACAGCACCGCCUACCACUAAUUCACAGCACGAUUAUUUCUCGGGAGCGCAUCAUCAAACAACAGCAACAGCAGCACCAGCGGGUGAUCAUCACCAUCAUCAACCCCCACACUCACCUGUACAGCCUCCCCCACCCGCUGCACUGUCGCACACACCCACAUCACCCACAUCACCGACAAGCUCGAACUUUAUCAAUAGGCUAAAGCAUCUAUCAGUAAAAGCAAAGAUAUCAAGGCCGUCUUCCGGAGAUGAAGCUUCACACGAUGAUGGUGAAAAGUCGUCGACAUCCAACCACCACGAGAUACCAAACCAUCAACAUUCCAAUGAAGACGAUUCAGUGGGUGGAGCAUCAUCAUCAUCAGCGACAACAGGAGCAGGGAAGGUUUCUAAGACGUAUAAUAAGCAGACAGAUGAAAAUGGAAAAAGCUCAUACACUCCUCCUUCAUUGAGUGAUUUUCCUCCUUUACCUAUUCCUCGCUCCACGACAAUCAUCAUUGCCGAAGAAAGCGCAGAGGCAUCGACUGGCAUGGAUUUGUAUCGUGGCACAGUCGGUUCUGCAGGAGUGGAUGCAGAAGUAAUAGCACGUUCUGCUCCAUCAUGGCUGCUUGAUUACCUAUAUCAUAACAAGGUGCCGAUCAAGGAUACUGUCAAGUUGACGUUUUCACUGAAGCCAUACACUGGAUCCAAACUGGCAGACCUGCCCGGCGGGUAA